UGAGUUGGACACAGUUCAACCCCCUCCAAUUCAAGACCAGACUCAAGACCCGAAAGUGCAGGAGGGUGAUGGGCUGAAAAUAAGUUGAUUCAAUCCUACAAGUAUUUAAAGCCAGAGACAGGGAACCUUAUCAUCUGAACAUUCUCGAAGUGCUACUACUUUGUCAAUUCCUACCAAAUACCUUAGUCUCUCCCAUACCUGGCAUAAGAAAGAUGGCACCAACCGUCCAAGAAAUGAUCAGCAACAUCAACAACCGCAGUGGGGGCAAUGACACGGUGCAAGAGCCCAGUGAUGAGCAAUUGAAAGAGCUCCGCCAAAAGUACGAGAAAGCCGGCCAAGGACAUGUCUUUACCUUCUACGACUCCCUCAAUGCUAGCCAGAAAGAAGCGCUGCGCAAGCAGCUAUCCGGCUUCGACCCGGAUCGAAUCAACAAGCUCGCCGACCAUGCGCUGAACCCUCCCAAACCCGCGGAAAUAGAAGGAGCACCUGCUCUUGAACCGUUGCCGCUGGAUGCGACAUCCUCCGUCUUCGACUCGAAACCCGAAGAUCUGUCACAAUGGUACGAGCAAGGGAUCGAUUUGAUCGCGGACAAUACGGUGGCGGUGGUGCUCAUGGCAGGCGGUCAGGGCACAAGGCUGGGAAGCUCCGAUCCUAAGGGUUGCUUCGACAUCGGAUUGCCGAGCCAGAAGUCGCUGUUCCAGCUGCAAGGAGAGCGGAUAUGGAGAGCGCAACAUGUGGCGGAGAAGCAGCACAACAAGGAGGGAGUGGUGAUCCCCUGGUAUGUCAUGACCAGUGGUCCGACGCGAGGGCCAACGGAGAAGUUCUUCGAGAAGAACAAUUACUUUGGGCUGAAGAAGGAGAGUGUGGUCAUCUUUGAGCAGGGCGUAUUACCGUGUAUUUCGAAUGAUGGGAAGAUCAUCCUAGAGUCGAAGGACAAGGUUGCCGUUGCUCCCGAUGGUAAUGGAGGUCUCUAUAAUGCCCUCAUCGCUUCGGGGGUUGUUGCCGACAUGAAGAAGCGUGGAAUCAAACAUAUCCACGCCUACUGCGUGGACAACUGCCUCGUCCGCGUCGCCGAUCCCACAUUCAUUGGUUUCUCUGGAUCUAAAAACGUCGACAUCGCUACCAAAGUCGUCCGCAAGCGAGACGCCAAAGAAUCAGUCGGUCUAAUCCUACAGAAGAAUGGGAAGCCAGACGUUGUCGAAUACUCGGAGAUCGAUGCCGAGACCGCCGAGGCCAAGGAUUCGAAGAAUCACGACCUUCUCAAAUUCCGCGCCGCCAACAUCGUUAACCACUAUUACUCGUAUGACUUCCUCGAGAGUAUCCCGAGCUGGGCGAAUCGGCUUCCACAUCACGUCGCGCGGAAGAAGAUCCCGUACUGUGACUUGGAGACGGGCGAGACUGUCAAGCCAGAGAAGGCUAACGGGAUCAAACUCGAGCAGUUCGUGUUCGACUGCUUUCCGUUCCUGAGCAUGGACAAGUUCGCCUGUAUGGAAGUCAAACGGGAGGAUGAGUUUUCGCCUUUGAAGAAUGCACGAGGUGCCGGCGAGGACGACCCCGACACAAGCAGACGAGAUAUCAUGGCUCAAGGCAAGCGUUGGGUCCAAGCUGCAGGGGCUGUUGUUGUGAGUGAAGACAAGGAAGAUGGAGUGGAGGUGUCCCCGCUCAUCAGCUAUGGCGGAGAAGGUCUAGAAUAUAUGCAAGGAAGGGAAGUUCGGGCGCCAGCGGUGAUUGAGAAGGAGGAGUAAUGCUUUUAGCAACCAAAACUCCGGCCAGCACAGAGAGCAAAACAUGUACGUGAAUGAUGUUACGUCCGCUUAUGCAAAAGUUUAUCAAUCGAAGACCGUCAUGCACAGCAGCGGGGCUCUCAGGGAUUGCACUCAGGGAUUGCACUCAUACACGUAAAAAGAUCAUGUCAUUGUCAUCAAUAUGCUCAAAGCACCUAUCAGUCGACCUGUCGACGCAUUAAAUAAAACACUUCCUCCA